AUGGCGUCUCGCAGCGAAAGUCAAGAAAGCGGUGUGAACGAAGAUUUGGAUUCUGCAAAUAUCGUCAAGGUGGACGAACCUGUGGGUAACCUAUCUAAAUACUAUGCCUUACCUCCUGGCUUUUCAGGGACGCCUAAAAAGGGGCACUUGAUGUUCGAUGCUUGUUUUGAAAGUGGAAAUCUCGGCAGAGUCGACUACAUUACGGAAUUCGAGUACGAUUUGUUUAUUCGCCCGGACACCUGCAAUCCUCGGUUUCGCGUCUGGUUUAAUUUCACUGUGGAGAACACAGCACCUUAUCAGCGUGUCAUAUUCAAUGUCGUGAAUUUCAGCAAGACCAAGAGCUUGUAUCGCGAAGGAAUGACUCCACUUGUUAAGUCUUCCAGUCGUCCAAAGUGGCAGAGAAUUCCUGCUAAGAAUUGCUUCUACUAUCGUUGCCCUGACCACAGAAAAAACUAUGUGCUCUCAUUUGCGUUUGCCUUCGAUAGUGACACGGAUGUUUAUCAGUUUGCCUACUGCUUCCCUUACACCUACUCUCGUCUGCAAACCUUCCUUGAGGAACUCGAUAAAAAAAACAUGGCGUGUUACAGAAGAGAGCUACUUUGUUUGACGGUUCAGCAGCGCAGAGUUGAUUUGCUGACAGUUACUUCCCCAGAAAACAUGAAAGAUGAUCUCAAAAAGAGGGUAAUUUUUAUCACUGCAAGGAUUCAUCCAGGUAAGCCUUUUAUCUUGUUACGGCGGAUUAUCAAACUCAGUUGCGUGUACUUUACCCAAAUACACCUGUAGUUAAUAAUCCUUUAGGCGAGAACAACGGGAACUUGUUUACAAAUAGUAUGUCCAACCCAGUGGGUCAGCAUGUCCAUGCCUAUAUGUCCAUGAUUUUAAUGGUCAAAUGUGGUGAAACUUGAAACCGACAAAAAUUUUCCUUGCAUAUAUAUGUUAGUACUAUUGAUAGAAAGUAAAGAAAGCACAUUAACAUGUUGUUCUGGGUAAAAAUAUGAACCUUUGUUGUCAAAAGUUACUGGUAGCAUGUGGAAAUCACCAGUUUCCUUUCCUUUCCUUGGUCUCAUUUUCCUCUGAUCAUAUAGUAAAUGAUAGUAAGAUAGCCACCCAUUUCAACAAUAAAGUGCUCCACUAUCAUCAGUAAGACCCUCUAACCAUCAUUUUUUUAGCCUGUGUGCAGGCUCUUGUGUUUGGAUUUCACUAUAUGGUGCCGCUGCUAUUGUAUUAUGGGUAGCCACUGAUGAAAAAGAGUAUUGAAAUCAUGGCACAUAUAUAUACCUCAAAACUGUUCAACAAUUCUGUGGAAAGAAACAGUUAACUCCCUCCCUCCAAAAAAAAGUAGCAAGGAAGGUAUGCACUGACCAAAAUGCUUCAUUUUCUCAAUACUAAAAUGGGCAAAGCAAUUCUUUCUAAAGGGUGAUUAAAGUUUAAAAUUUAUGAUUUAACAAAGAAUGCCUAUGCCAACUUGGUUGAAGUAAUAAGUGUACAGAAUUUAGAUUGAUUCAAAUUGAAGUUAGUAUCAGAGAAAUUAUUAUCGAAAUAAGUUCAAAUAUAUGCAAGUAGCAUAAUUAGUGGUAAGCAUGAACCAUGCAAAUGCGAGCAAUUUAUCCCGCAUGUAAAACUGAAUUUUUGUCUGAUCACUGAAUGACAGAUUGUUUGUUUUUGCCAGGGUUAAAUUUUCUCCAGUUUACUUCCAAGUCUUAUGUGCUCACUUUUCAUGUAAGAUGGUCAUUAAAAGUCUGGCAAGCAGGCCUAAAUACCUGAAUUCUGGAAGGGGGGCUUUGGGUCUAUUAGAAACUGCAAAACCAUUGGAAGAAUCAUUCAAAACGGCAAGACUCUCAAAAUUUCAUGAAUGAUCAAUUUUCACCUUAUUUUCUUCCUCAAUGCCAAAUUUGUACUCCAUUAGUGUGUGGCUUCAUUAACUCACAUGGAAAAGCAUAUCACCAAGUUGAAUUUUGUUAGAACCCUAUUCAAGGGGUGUACUUUCCCAUCAAUUUGUGCAAUUUAACAACUCCUUCAUGAAGUGAGUGAUAAAUUACCACUGAUUAAUAAUCUGCCCAUAAGGCUUUCCAUGGCCCUUACAAAAGAUUUCAUAAUACUUUAGCGUAGCAACUGAUCUGAAUGCUAGAGGGCCAUGAAGUCUUGCAGAUAUUGUAGCACAUACUGGUACAUUAAAGACUUGGCUGAAAAUACCAAGAAUAAUAAUUACCUAGGCCUACCUAAAAAAAAAAAAAAAAUACAAAUGUUACAGAAGCACAAACACAAUGACACAAAUAAGAAGACACAGCACAACUUUUUAUAAUAGACAGGAUGUUAGGUAAUUGCAGAUACUCCCCCCCCCUUUGAUUUUUCAGCUUUUCCAGACAGUCCACCAGUACACAUUCAUACUUGGGGGGGGGGGGAAGAGAGGCACUGCAAGAGUGAAGUGUCUUAAUCAAGAAAACAUUACUGACCCUGGUUUAGUAAUGCUUAAGCGCAGACCUCUUCAGCUAGAGUUGACACUAAGUCUCACCAUUGAAGCAUACAACUUAGGUUUCUGGUCAGCAUAUACCAAAUCUUUGUUCGACCCUUUAAAUCCCAAGGUCUGAGAGGUAUUUCUCCCCUCAAGCUGCUACAUAAUACUUUGUAAAUUAGUAAGGUUGGUGUUAGGUCAAGACAACAACUACCUGAUAACUCUGAGUAUUCUCACCAUCCGUUUGCUGGAUGAUGUAAAGAUAUUAUAGAGAGAAGUUACAUUUUAAUCACCUCUGAGAGUCAAAGGGUUAAACUGGUACUUUUGUUGUCUGUCUCAGGUGAAACUCCGUCGUCCUAUGUCUGUCAAGGUGUCAUUGAUUUCCUUGUCAGUAGCCAUCCAGUAGCCAAAGUGUUGAGAGACUACCUGGUAUUUAAGAUAGUGCCCAUGUUAAACCCUGACGGCGUCGUCUUGGGUAACUACCGCUGCUCCCUGAUGGGGUUUGAUCUGAAUCGCCACUGGCAGGAGCCGUCACCGUGGGCUCACCCCACCCUAGUAGCUUGUAAGAACCAUUUAAUGCAGCUGGAUGAAGAUGAAAAUGUCCAUCUUGACUUUUAUAUCGAUAUCCACGCGCAUUCCACUAUGAUGAAUGGUUUCAUGUACGGGAAUAUUUACGACGAGGAGGAACGAUUUGAAAGGCAAGCUGUUUAUCCGAGACUUCUAUGCGCGAACGCAGAAGACUUUUCCAUGUCCAACACAUCAUUCAACAAAGAUGCUGUGAAAGCUGGUACUGGGCGACGUUUUCUCGGCAGCUGCUUAGACCCAAAGACUCAUUGCUACACGUUGGAAGUGUCGUUUUUCAGCUACAAUACAGCUGUUUCACAAGGAAUGUCGCCAUACACCGAAGAAGGGUAUUUCAAACUUGGCCGUAACGUAGCGCGUACCUUCCUCGACUAUUACAAACUUAAUUCGCUAGUGGUACCCACGAAGAAAAAUGUGUCAAAAUCCUCACAGAGAAAGGAUUCUAAUGGUGAUGGGAAACAGAGAUUGUCUGGCAGAAGUGACUACAGUGGGAAGCUGUGAAUCAAAAAGUAUCCAAAGUUUUUAAUAUCGUGUCAUAAACUGAGAGGAUGUUAGACCAAAAAGUGACAUUUGGAAAGGCUCUGCGUUGUGACUCACAAUCACUUCAAAGCUUAGAUAGGUUUUUAGGGAAAAAAGUUAGAGUAAUUUUAUAUUAAUAGUUUAUUAUUUAUUGUGAUGAUUCAAUCACAAAUGCGGAAAGAUUACAUUUUUGGUCUUUUUGCAGCAAGCACUUUUCCUUUGCAUUGUCAAAUUUAAAUGCGUUGUUUUAACAACUAAGGAUUUUGCCAGGGUUAUGGUAUUCAAGGUUAAUUCCCUGCUGGCGAAGGUAAGAUGCAUCCCACCAGUCAUAACUUGCCUGUAAAAGUUUUCUUUUUCCGUGGCAAAGACCCACAUUAUAUUUAUGUUCCGAGAAAUUAAUGACGUAAAUAAAGGUAGCCCACGUUUAGCCGUACCCUCCUCCCGCG